GAACCUGGAUUAAACAGCGGAGUGCUGCGAUUAAAUGCAGUGAGAGAGAGAGAGAGAGAGAGAGGUGGUACGUUUACCGAACGAAACUCUAUAAAGAAUUUCAUAUACAUUACUUUUUACCAAGCCAAAGAUCAAAGACGUAAAAAUGAUUGAAACUGAGAAUAUUUUCCUAUUCGUUCCUAAUAUUAUAGGUUAUGGAAGAGUGAUCUUGGCUUUGAUAUCUUUUUAUUUCAUGCCAAGUAAUUAUAUCAUUGCAUCUUCGUGUUAUAUUAUAAGUGCUUUAUUAGACGCAGUUGAUGGACAUGCAGCUAGAUACUUCAAUCAAAGCACAAAAUUUGGUGCUAUCUUAGAUCAAUUAACUGAUAGAGUUGGUACCAUGUGUCUCUUGGCAACUUUAUGUAUGUUUUAUCCUUCCUACAGUUUUUGGUUUCAAUUAAGUAUGGGUAUUGAUAUAUCUUGUCAUUGGAUUUAUCUUCACACAACAUUGCUACAAGGAAAGACGAGUCACAAAUUUAUUGAUAUGUCUGAAAAUCCAAUCAUGCGAAUAUACUAUACCAAUCGUACCGUUUUAUUUUUCAUGUGUGCUGGAAAUGAAAUGUUCUAUGCUACCUUAUAUCUUCUUAAUUUUACCGAAGGACCCAUUAUGGCCGGUAUAGGAAUGUAUAGGAUACUGAUGUAUCUCUCAGCUCCAGUUGCAAUAGUCAAGUCAGCAAUCUCAAUUUUGCAUGGAUAUGUAUCUUGUAUCAAUAUGAGUAUAAUUGAUCAGAAGGAACGUCAGGAACAUCUUAAAGCAAACUAAAAUGUCUUGCUUACAUAUA